AUGGCCGACGCCGCAACGCCCAAGCCCGCCGACGCGGCGCCAGUCAAGAAAGACAAGAAGGCUGCAAAGGAAGCCAAACGUGAGCGUCGCGCAGCUGCCAAGGUUCAGCAGGAAGGCCAGACACAAAUUCAGGGACAGCACAGUUCUGGACCUGUCCAAACUGGUGGUGCGACAGGCGCAGGUAAAGGGCGGCCUGAGAAGCCAGCCAUGUCCAAGAUCAAGGACGCAGCUCCGACGCCGUCGCUCGAUGAGGAUCUCUCUACGGUUGGUGUGUUGGGAGAUGCCUCGCUCUUUGGAAAUGUGACGCUGCCGCGCAACGCCCGCAUGAAUGCCAUAAACUGGAGCAGUGCGGCAGCCCGCGGCGUUAUUCAUCCUGCUGUGCUGACCCUGUGCCACCAGCUGUCGACCUUUGCGAUCCGUGGAGCGAACCAGCGCGCUAUAGCCGUACUUCGCGCGCUUGGCGAAGUGAUCCGCGAUUACAAAACCCCGCAAGGUGCUGUACUAAGUCGCGACCUUCUUACCCGCGUGUCCCAGCAGGUCGGCUUCAUUGUGGAAUCACGCCCAUUAAACACGGCCACGGGUCAUGCUGUGCGCUUCCUCAAGUACGAAAUUAGUGUGGUGGAAGCGUCGCUUAGCGAGGAGGACGCUAAGGAACACUUGCUGGGCCGGAUCGAGCACUUUAUCCGCGAUCGCAUUGUGUAUGCCGCCAAGGUCAUUCAAUCACACGCGGCCGCAAAAAUCCAUGAUGGUGAGGUCGUUAUGACAUAUGCCCACUCUUCUGUCAUUGAGGGUACGCUGCUACAGGCCUUCCGUCAGGGGCGCCAGUUCGAAGUGAUCGUCGUUGACUCACGCCCACUCUACGAGGGACGUCAGCUGGCUGAGCGGCUACUAGAAGAAGGCAUCCCCACGACCUACGGCUUAUUGACGUCGCUAAGCACUCUUGCGCCUCGAGCGACACUCGUGCUGUUGGGCACAUCGUCGCUCUUGUCCAACGGUGCACCCUAUGCUCGCUCAGGCACAGCCAUGUGCGCAAUGAUGGCGCAUGGCUUCCACAUUCCGGUGAUUAUAUGCUGUGAGACGUACAAAUUCAGCGAUCGCAUCCAGCUCGACAGCUUCGUUGUGAACGAGGCAGGGCAGAGCUCGGACCUGCUCUCUCAAGAAGACGAUACCUUGCAGACACCUAGUGUGCUGCUGACUCGCGCCGAAUGCAGUGCGCAGUCGCGCCUCAAGGUCGUCCAACUGCUCCACGAUGUGACGCCACCCCGCUAUGUAAGUGCAAUUGCAUCCGAGGUGGGUCUGAGUGGAACGGAGAGUGUCGGUGUCAUUUUACGCGACUACAAGAGUGUACUCUUUGGCGUAUAG